AUGAGCUGCGACUUCGAACCCGCUGACUUGAGCAAACGAGAAGAAGACGAAGAGGAGGACGAGGAGCUCAUGUUUGCUUUCGAGCAACAGAGCGAGGAGGCACUUUCAACGCGAUCAGGGCGCGAUAAUACCGAGAUCUUCUACUCCAUCGACGGCGUGGGUAUCGAGCGUCCGGCCAAUCCAGUCGCGGCUAUUCUAGAGCGUCGAGAGUCUGUUGAAAGCACGAAGGUGGCCGGUCAAGAAGAUGAGAUACUGAAGCUAGAAGACAAUGUCGACGUCCUGUCAGUUCUUCAUAGUCGCAAGCGCAAGACGCUUGAAGUGCCAUGUACACAGGUGUUCCAUCCCAUAGCCAAGCGACUUAAGUCGAAUGCUCAGGAGCGCUCUGUGACCGCAACUGCGUGUCUGAUGGACAACUUGUCAUUGCAUCGGACAUCAGGAAGACAAUGCCAUCGGCAGCAACAAGAAGAGGUCACCCUUUAUUCCAACGAAAACAAGACGGACACUGCCAGUGAGCCACCGGUCCGCUCAGCGACCAUCACCAUUCCAGAAAGGUUCCAGCCAAUUCACUGGCCUGGAGACGCCACCGGGACUUGCAGCUCCGAGAAGAGCUGCAACCACUCGAACUUGUCAUCGUCGUCGUCAUCGUCGUGCUCGUCAUCGAAAUCCAGGAACAGUGGCUUGAGUCACUUCUGUCGACUCGGUCUUGACGUGCCGUCCCACAUGCGCGCCCAUCUCAAUGAUCUAGUGCUUCACUCGUCAGCUGGAAGCUAUACGGGCUCGUGA